UUCGGCUUCCUUCCUUCGAAGCUCGGUCGGUGCGUAAAAACCUUGGAAAUCUCUUUCCCGGCCGCCAUUCUCGAUCCAUCGGUCGUUCAGACUCUUCCUUUCUCAUUUUCUCAUCUGGUUUUUCACUGUCUUCUUCGCUCAUGUUGGUGUCUAGGGUUUUUUCUCGCGCUUCGAGGGGCGCGAGUCGAAGCGCCUUGCUCCUUUCACCCUCGCUGAACAAACCCUUGCCCGUUCUCUCCAAUCAAAUUGAUGCGUUUUUGCACGAAACCUCUUGUAAGGCUCUCGUGUUAAAUCAUUCAACAUUUAGUUCUUCAUUGCUUCGACGGUUUGGAAUUUCUUCCUCUGCAUCACCUGAACCUAGCGAAAAGGAUCAGGGGAGCACCACAGAAAAGAACAGUGCAUCCCCCGAUGCACCUAAAGCGGGUGAGAAUGCUAAAGGGUCUAAUCAAGGGGAGGGUACCACUUCUGGAGAAACUAAAGUGCCCAACCAGGCAGAAAAUUCAGGUUCAGAGGGAGACGAGGAGCUCUCUAUGGACGACUUGGUGAAGCUUGUGUCAGAAAAGGAAGAACUGUUGAAGUUGAAACAUAAACAGAUAGAGGAAAUGCAAGAUAAAGUUCUUCGAACCUAUGCGGAAAUGGAGAAUGUCAUGGACAGAACUAGGCGAGAAGCAGAGAAUGCAAAGAAAUAUGCCAUACAGAGUUUUGCGAAAAGCUUGCUGGAUGUUGCAGACAAUUUGGGUAGAGCUUCUUCAGUUGUCAAGGAAAGUUUCGCGAAAAUUGAUACUUCAAAAGAUACUUCUGGAGCUGUUCCGCUUUUGAAAACCCUUCUGGAAGGUGUUGAAAUGACUGAGAAGCAGCUUUUGGAGGUGUUCAAAAAAUUUGGGAUUGAGAAAUAUGAUCCUGUCAAUGAACCUUUUGAUCCACAUAGGCACAAUGCAGUAUUCCAAAUGCAAGAUGGUUCUAAACCUCCAGGCACAGUUGCUGUUGUUCUGAAGCCGGGGUACAUGCUAUAUGAGCGAGUUCUUCGUCCUGCCGAGGUUGGCGUAACUCAAGCAGCGGAAAACGACACCCCAGGAGAAUAAUCCAAACUGCGAAAGACUCUCAAGCACAGAGUUGGCUGGGUUGUGGAAUCCGAAGCCCGACUCCAACUGCAAUGGCUGUGAACUCGCAUCUUCAUCUUAAAGAGGUAUUGUUCUGGUUUGGAAAUUUUGGAUCCGGUAGAGGGGGAAAAAAGUAUAGCAGUUUUCACACUGGCUGUCGAUGAGAUUUAUCCGAGAAACUACGGAUGGCUGGUGCUUUUAUUUGCAAUAGUUCCUGAUCAAUGACUAAUAGUUAUACAUCCCGAACUUGUACAUGUGUACAUUGUAUGGCAUGGUUAGCAUUGAACUUAAAUUUGAGGAAUUUUCAGUGCAAGAAUUUCCGCUUCAGGCUUGAUGCCCUGAAGGAAAAAAAUUGCUG